AUCCUUACUAUCGAUACUAUCGUUUCGUCUAUCAAAACAUUCAUUCGUCUGCUGUGGUGGCCAAAAAGGGAGAGAGAGAGAGAGAGAGAGAACAAAUUUUUACACCACCAACAAGGGUGAAUAUUAUUUCUGGUCCUUGGAUUAGUUUUUUAUUAUUAUCAUUAAUAAUCAAAAAAUCGCUUUUUUUGGAUGGUGAUAUAUUUCAUAUUUCAUUUCAUUUUUAUUAUUAUUAUUGUUACUGUAGCAUACACACACCCAUAUAGAUAGAGUUGUCAGAAAAGAAACAUAAAUUAAACAAAUUGGACCUUGAUAAUUAUUGAUGCACAGGUUUUUUUCUCUAUUUCUCAUCACCAUAUAGUAUUUUAUUCUAGGGGGUUUUUUUUACAUAUAUUAAUUAUUUAUCAUCAUUUUUGUCAAUUGCAAAUCGGCCUUUAUUUUUGUUACAACUGUGGUAUCUUAAUUAUUACUAUUGUUACCUAGAAUUCCAUUUGUGUGUGUGAGUGUGAAUUUUUAUUUUUUGACCAAAUAAAUAAACAAACUCGAUCAACAUGGAUUCAACGUCAAAUUCACCACGACCACCAACAACAGCGGCUACAAUCGACAAUACUACAUCGUCAUUGAUUCAAGGACAAGAUUCAGAAUCAAAAGAUUCAACGGAAUCAACUACUGGUACAACAGCUUCAUCAAGCCACCAACAUCAUCGUUCACAUUCUCAUCAUCAUCACCAUCACCAUCAUCAUCAUCGUUCACAUUCAUCAUCUGGUUCGUCAGCAUCGAAUAAUAUAAUACGGACAAAUACUGGUUGGUUUCAAAGGCGAAUCAAUUUACGGCCAGUUCAUCGUGGUUGUCAUCUAGUCACCGAUGAAGUUGUCAAACAAGUGCCCGAAAUGAAUCAAUUUCAAGUUGGAAUCUGUCAUCUGCACAUUAUGCACACAUCAGCUAGUCUUACACUCAAUGAAAAUUGGGAUCCAGAUGUUCGUGAAGAUAUGGAAAUGUUUCUGCUGCAAUUUGUUCCAGAAAAACUACCAUUUCGACAUGUUUGUGAAGGUCCCGAUGAUAUGCCUGCUCAUGUGAAAGCAAGCUUUCUUGGAUCUUCAUUGACCAUACCGAUUACCGAAGGAAAACUAUGUCUAGGAACAUGGCAAGGUAUAUGGCUAUGUGAACAUCGUAAUAAUGCCGGUAGUCGUAAAAUUAUGGUUACCAUUAAUGGUGCAUUGAAAAAUUGAAAUUAAAUGAACGUUCAACUAUAUCCAAGUCACUGCCGAUUAUUUAUCAAUCUAUCCUGCAAAAAAAAGGGCCAGCGAUAAAGGAAAAAAUUCCAAGAACAAAUUCAAUUCAACCAAAAUUUUACCAUUUCUUUCAUU